AUGGUCCUCACCUCAGACUCACAUGAUCCUCAGACUCACAUGGUCCUCACCUCAGACCGACAUGGUCUUCACCUCAGACCCACAUGGUCUUCACCUCAGACUCACAUGGUCCUCACCUUAGACUCAGAAGGUCCUCACCUCAGACUCACAUGGUCCUCACCUCAGACCCACAUGGUCUUCACCUCAGACCCACAUGGUCUUCACCUCAGACUCACAUGGUCCUCACCUCAGACUCAGAUGGUCCUCACCUUAGACUCAGAUGGUCCUCACCUCAGACUCACAUGGUCCUCAUCUCAGACCUCACAUGGUCUUCGCCUCAGACUCACAUGGUCCUUACCUCACACUCACAUGACCCUCACCUCAGACUCACAUGGUCCUCACCUCAGACUCACAUGA